GUUAUUCCCGAUCAUUGGAGGCAACGAUACCUCAAACGCCCAUCUCACCAAUCCUUUGCAUUCUCGACACUCGCUGAUCCGGCCAAUUCUGGUCCGUCUGUGACGGUAUUCAGCAGCCCCGCUAUACCCCGCCGACAGUUGACCGAAACCACAACCACACACCCCUGAAGCAACCUCGCUUUUCUUCCUUCUUACACACAUCACAUCUUGACUAUCAUAUCCAUCAUGGCUGCCUCCGCCCCUCAACUCUACAGCUUUCCGGACUCCGGCUCCUUGGCCCAGCAAUUAAGGCCUUAUAUCCUCCGGUCUCAAAAUGCUGCUCUGAAACGCCACGAUACCUUCCGCGUCGCAGUCUCGGGUGGCUCCUUGCCUGUCGUUCUGGCUAAGGCCCUCCUGGCUCCCGGUGACGGCUCUCAGGAAGAUACUCCUCAGUUCUCGAAAUGGGAGAUAUUCUUCGCCGAUGAGCGUAUCGUGCCCCUCACCCAUGAGGACAGCAACUACUAUCUGAUCAAGAAUGAGCUUCUCAACAAGAUCCCCUCGGAGCUGGGCACCCCGUCUGUGCACCCGAUUGAUGACACCCUCGUCAACCAGGACCCCCAGGAGGUUGCGGAUGCGUACCAAGAGGAUCUGAUGCGCUCGUUCGCCGCCAAGGACAGCGUCAAGCUCCCCGUGUUCGACCUUAUUCUCCUGGGCUGUGGACCUGAUGGCCACACCUGCAGUCUCUUCCCUGGACAUGACCUACUGCGCGAAAAGGACGCCUGGGUGGCUGCAUUGAGCGACUCGCCAAAGCCGCCCCCGAAGCGCAUCACCCUUACUUUGCCCGUUGUUACCCACGCCUACAACAUCGCUUUCGUCGCCACUGGAGGAGGCAAGAAGGAUAUCAUGAAGCAGAUCUUCGAUGCUGAGGAGGGACGGAGCCUCCCUUGUGCUCUGGUUAACCAGGGUGCGGGAGAGAAGGUUAGCUGGUUCACCGACCACCCGGCCAUUGACGGAGUUUCUUUCCCCAGACGCGGAAGCUUGUAAUUGGAGAGUCAGCAUGUCGAACUGAACGUUUAAAAUGAGUGGAGUGACUGUAUCUAUACUCAACGAAGUUUUCUUACGCCCUCGUCAACGCUAUUAGACCAUGACUGAACAAAAGUAUUGAUUCAUUAGUGUACUCCGUAUCAUAUCCGGGAAUCCAUGCAAUAAAAUACAAAUAAACAUAUUAAAC